AUGGGAAACGGAUCUUACACCGAUCUGCUGAUUAUAGGCGCCGGCCCGGCCGGGCUGAUGGCAGCCUGCUGGGCGGCGCAGUUCCAGAUGCAGACGCGGAUCAUCGACCAGAAGCCCGGGCGGACGCCGACGGGCCACGCGGACGGGCUGCAGAGUCGCUCGCUGGAAAUCCUGGACAGCUUCGGGAUCGUCGAUCCCAUCCUGCGGAAGUCGGUGCGGCAUACGGAGAUGGCGUACUGGGCAAUGAACGAGAGCACAGGACACAUCGAGCGGCGCAAACGGACCCCGUCAUUGCCCGGAAGCUCGGUGUAUGAUCAGCGGCUGCUGAACCAGGGCGCUACGGAGCAGGUCUUCCUCGACUACCUCCACGAGAUGGGGGUGCAGGUUGAAUACGGGACCAGAGCACGGGAAUUGACGCUGUCGGAGUCCAAUUCCGAGACGGAUCACAAAGUGGCCGUCGAGGUCGUGUCGGGUAAGGCGCAGGAUGGCUCGGAGACGAUUCAUUGUCGCUAUCUAAUUGCAUGUGACGGUGCACGUGGCUGGACCCGGAACCAGUUGCAUGUCCCGGUCGAUAAAAAGCUGGGGGAGUCGACCUGGGCGGUGUUUGACAUUGUGCCUAUCACCGACUUUCCGGACAUUCGUCAAUCGUGUGCGAUCAGCUCCGGGGACCGUGGCAGUAUGAUGACCGCACCCCGAGAGAACCGGCUGGUUCGGUUCUACAUCCACCCGAAGGGCGACAAGGAGCUCUGCAAUGGCCAAGACACGAAGCAUGAGCCAUCGCUCGAUGAGCUUGUUAGUACGGCAGACAGCUUGCUGAAACCGUACAAGUUGAGGUACCAGCACUGUGAUUGGUACUCUCUAUAUUCGAUAAAACAGCAGCUCGUCAAGCAACUCCGGCCCCACGACAGAAUACUGUUGGCCGGGGAUGCUGCCCACACUCACUCCCCCAAGGCAGGUCAAGGGAUGAAUGUGUCGAUGCAGGAUACAUACAACUUGGUCUGGAAGCUAGGUGCGGUCAUCACCGGGGCCGCUAGCUCGAGGGUACUAGAGACAUACGAGUCCGAACGACGGCCGGUGGCAGAGGAAUUGUUGGAGCUGGAUGCGCAGUUGGUCGGGGCGUAUGAGAAAGACACCGGCGCGGCCAAGCGUAUUGAAACCGUUCGGGAUCAGUACUCCGAGUUUAUAUCGGGUCUAGGGGUGACCUAUGGUCCUAGUAUCCUCGUUGCAGACCAGAAUGCUCAAGGUUUGGUAAAUAACAUCAAAAUGGGAAGACGGUUAGAUCCGUUCUAUGUGGUCAAUCAUGCCGAAGGCGUAUCGAUCAACCUGAUGACCAGACUUCCCAGCGAUGGGUCGUGGAAACUGCUGGUAUUUGCCGGAGAUAUCCGUCAGCCAGACCUUCGUGGGCGUCUGAAUUCGUUCGCCAAGACUUUCUGCCAGCAGCCGUUGCUUCCGCGCCUGUAUGAGAAGCGGCAUGGAACCCGUGCUGGGUGGCUUUUGGAGACGGUCCUCAUCCAUGCGAGCCCGCGCACAUCUGUGGAGCUCCUUGAACUUCCGGAGAUGUUUCACCCGUUUGACGAGACGUGGGGAUGGGACUACACGAGAGUAUUCACGGACGAGGGCUCAUACAGCCCAGGGUGUCGUGGUGCAUACGACGGCUAUGGGAUCGACAAGAAUACUGGCUGCGUGGUACUUUGUCGACCGGACCAGCAUGUUGGUUGGAUCGGGGCCAUGGAGGACGUGACUGAUCUAGAGAAUUACUUUUCUGUCUUCAUAGAUAAGUAA